CAAGCCUAUUCAUUUGCUUCUCUAUUCGCCGGUCCAUGUGAUAAUAGUGCAAGCGCACUGUGAAAGUUGGAAGAAAAAACGGCUGAGCGCUUGGCUGGUCUUACAGAAAAACGCAGCCUCGGUUUGGAUAAAGUUCAGCGUGGGGAAGUUUUUUGCACCAACUCCAAAGUUUCCAAAAAUUGUGUUACAUUUAGCCUACAGACCGACGCCAGCGCAUAAUUUGUAUGCACGAACGUGCGCGAUUUUACCAGGAUUUUCAAACAGGAUAAAUGGCAAGUUAAACGUGCGAGUCCUUUGCACCCUACAAGAGCGAAAUACGAAGACUUAACUGAAAAGGUACGGAACUGUAGUAGCCUAUGGUGGAGUUCACCGUUGGAAAGAACUAAGGUUUGAAGCUGAUCUGCAUGGCGUUUGGAUAUAAGUGAUUCCAGAAGGGGUGUUGGAUCAGCCAGGGACUGAACGACUCCGACUGAAACCCGUUCAUCAGGUGGAGUUCAUUGGAAUGAGAGAGUGACUCCUCACCCAGUCCAGUCGUCUGGCACACAGAAGGGAGCAGAGGUGACAUGCCUCUUUGACGGCAAGUUGGAAACAAAUGACUCAUUGCCAUGCCUGGUGGGAUGGGGGUUCUUUCCUGUGUGCUGGUAUCCUCGCUGCUAGCCACCCUAUGGUCCAAUCUGGCGCAGGCCUCUGAGCCCUACCCCACCUUCCGCCGCAACGACACCCUCUUCGAGCACCUGGCGCUGCACCCCAACGCCGCGCUGGGCCGCGUCUACCUGGGCGCCCGCAACCGGCUCUUCCAGCUGUCCGCCGGCCUCUUCCUGGAGGAGGAGGAGACCACGGGGCCCGUGCGGGACAGCCGUGACUGCCUGCCGCCCAUCACCGAGCAGAACUGCCCGCAGGCGCGGCCCACCAGCAACCACAACAAGCUGCUGCUGGUCGACCCCUUUAGCGAGCAGCUGAUCACGUGCGGCAGCGUCAACCAGGGCAUCUGUGAGAAGCGCAGUCUGGACUCGGUGCGGAAGCUGCUCUUCACCGCAGAGCGGCCCGUCGACACGCAGUACGUGGCCGCCAAUGACCCCAACGUGACCACGGUGGGCCUGGUGGUGGCCGGGGGUCCGUCGCGUCCCGGGCGGCAGCCCGUGCUUUUCGUGGGCCGCGGCUUCACCAGCAGCCACCCGCCCAUCUCCACGCGCAACCUGGCCUCCGAGCCCAUCUUCUCGUACGAGGACACGGCCAAGCUGGCGGUGGCCGGACGCCUGUCCGAGUACGACCACCACUUUGUGGCGUCGUUCGCGCACCGCGCGCACGUCUACUUCCUCUUCUACCGCCGCGACCUCAAGUCGCAGUCGCGAGAGUACCGCACGUACGCCUCGCGCAUCUGCCUGGACGACUCGGCCUACUACUCGUACGUGGAGGUGCCGCUGAGCUGCCGCUCGGCCGCUGGCAAGAACUACAACCUCCUUCAGGCCAUGCGCGUAGGCCUGCCCAGGGCUUCGGGGCAGGGCGGCGGUGCCACCACGGACUCGCACCUGGGAUCGGAGAUCCUGCUGGGGGUCUUCUCCACGCGCUCCACCUCGUCCAGCCGACCCAGCGAGGACUCGGCGCUGUGCGUGUUCUCGCUGGACGAGCUGGACCGACGGAUCAACGCCACACGGGACCUCUGCUACACGCAGCACGGGCGUGCCGAGAACGGCGCCGAGGCCGCCUACAUCGAGUACGACGUCAAGUCCAACUGCGCCAACCUGCCCUCGAAUACCCUUGAUGCUUACCCUUGCGGAUCAGACCACACCCCUAGUCCAAUGGCGAGCCGGGUGCCGGUGGAAGCUGAGCCCAUAUUGGACAGUCCGUCCGCCCGUCUCACUGCCGUGGCCGUCAGCGUGAGGGCGGGACACACCAUCGCCUUCCUGGGAGACUCCAAGGGCAACCUGCACAAGGUGUUCCUGGGCCCGAACGGUGAGGUGGAGGAGUACGCAGUCAUCAGUAUCCAGCCCAAUGUCCCCAUCAGCAGCGAGCUCAUACUGGACCAGUCCGAGGAGAACCUCUACGUCAUGACCCACACCAUGUUGGAGAAGAGGCCCGUAGCAGAGUGCCAUCAGCACACAGACUGCCAGUCCUGCCUAUUCGCCCACGAUCCGUACUGUGGCUGGUGUGUACUGGAGGGAAGGUGUGGCCAGCGUACAGAGUGUGCACGUGGGGCACAGGAGGGCCAGUGGCUGUGGAGCUUUGAUAUGGAGCAGCAGUGCCUGAGUGUCCAGACCCUUCAACCCUCCAACAUCAGCCGCGAGGAGAAGAGGACUCUCUCUCUGUCCAUCCCUGAUCUUCCUCGUCUGGAGCUGGGCGAGUCCUACUCCUGCUACUUCGAGGAGAACUCCAGCCCCGCCACCAUCACAGACGAGGGCAUCACCUGCUCCUCGCCCGAUGCCAGCAAGGUGCCCGCUGUGCCCCCACGACAAGAUUUUGUCACGGUCACCCUAUCGGUGCGUUUCGGGGAUGUGGUGGUCACCUCCAAGGAGUUCACCUUUUAUGACUGCAAGGCUGUCAAAGAGCUGUCUGGAAGUAUGCCUUGCCGUGGCUGCGUGCUGAGUCGCUGGAGGUGUAACUGGUGUGUCCAUCAGCACGUCUGCACACACAAGCCCUCCUGUGACCAAGGACUCAUCAUUUACAAUGAACAUUUCAUAGCCCCCACCUCAGUACUGCCAACGAGCCAGCUGGUUACGGUCACCAUCCCCACCACCACCCUGACCACCCCAGCCCAAACCACCAAGGCCCCCACCAAGCCCCCAACAACCCCCGCCCCAACUACAACCACCACUACAACAACUACUACUACUACCACUACUACUACCAUUCCUACUACUGAAGCUCCAACCACCACCACCACCACCACCACCACCACUGAAGCUACAACCACCCCUGAGACAACCACCACCACGCUGGAACCCACCACGCCGCUCCGCACCACCGCAGCCACGACGCAGGAGCCCACGUUGGCCCCCACCACCACCGAGGCCCCGGUGCCCGCGGCAGACCCGACCGCCUCGCUGCUACCCGAUGCCCAGACGGUGGCCGUUCUGGAGGAGACCACCUCAGAGGAGCUGGUGCUGGAGACCGAAGCCGAGGCCGAGGCGCAGAGCGAGACGCACGUUGCCGUGGUGACUGUGGCCGACCUGCAGGUAGUCGUCGUGGAGACGGAUGCGCCGCCGGUCACUGAGAGGCAGCAGGUGAUUGCUGAGGAGGAGGAGGAUGCUGAGGUGCCCCUCGCAGUGCCGAACGCCCCAUCACCACCACCACCACCACCACCACCAUCUCUGGAGGAGCCGGGGGUGGAGAUGCUGGCUUUCCCCAGCAGCCAGUCUCCAGAAGGGGGGGAGGCCCCCACCGAUGCCCCCAUGGAGACCUCCCAGGAGAGCCCCAUCCUCCCAGACCUGGAGCCCACGCAACUCCAGCCCGACACGGGCACCGACGCCCCAGAGGAGGACGGCACCACCACAGCUGACCCGGAAUUAGUCCAGUGGCCCGGGGAGGAAGUGGUGGCAGCGGAAGAGGAAGGGGAUGAGGCGGCGUUGAGCAGGGCCGAGAACGACACCGCCACCUUCUCGGCGGCCACCAUGCUGUCUGGCGACGGCGAGGCAGAGCCUGGCGCUCCCGCCUACAUGCAGCUCCUGGACGCCGACUCUGAGCUGGACUACCAGUACGACAUGGCCGACGGGGCUUACCUGCCGGGAGAUGAAGGCUCUGUGUUUAGCUUGGGGGCGUCGGCGUGUCCAUGUGUGGAGAAGGUUCAGGGCUCCUCCCUGCUGCCUGUGCAGGUGGAUCGGAAGAUCACACUACAGGCUCGCAACUUGCACCUCUACCAGGACCGUGAGCUGGAGUAUGAGUGUGUACUAGUGAUCGAGGGCCGGACAGUCAUGGUGGACGCCUAUGUGGAGAGCGAUGAUUCAGACCCUGAGGUGUUUGACAUCACCUGCCAGCUUCACAAGUACUCGUACGCAGCUCCCGUGGAGGAGUACAACGCCAUGGUGUACGUCAAGAGGAGAAACACCUUUCACGUGGACAGUGCACAAGACCUCUACGUGACUCUCUACAACUGCUCAGUGGGCCGUUCAGACUGUAGCCGAUGCCACACGGCGGAGCCGCGCUACGGCUGUGUGUGGUGCGGUGGCGCCCACUCCAAGUGCGUCUACGCCGGCUCCUGCCACCAGUCCGUGGAGAACACCUGCCCCGCGCCUGUCAUCCAUUUUAUUGAGCCUCUCUCCGGGCUGGUUGAGGGCGGCACCGUGGUAACCAUCACCGGCUCCAACCUGGGCCAGAAGGCACAGGACAUCCAGGGCUCGGUCAGGGUGGCCGGUGUGCCGUGCGAGGUCAUUCCCCACCUCUACGAGAUCUCCUCCAGGAUUGUGUGUCGGACCAAAGCCAGCGUGGAGGAGAAGUCUGGCCACGUGCAGGUGGAAGUGAGCGGGGGAGGCAAUGGUCUGUCCAGCCAGCGCUUCAGCUACCAGGACCCCCUGGUGACAGAAGUGGCUCCUCGGCGGGGUCCCAUAGCGGGGGGCACGUCUCUGACGCUGUCAGGCCGGAACUUGCUGACGGGGCGGGCCAGUGAGAUCAGCGUGCUGGUGGGCAGCGUGCCCUGCACCAUUGUGGGGAAGGUGCAGGAGGCCUCCAUAGAGUGUGUGACUAACAGCAGUGCCAGUAUCGGGGAGCACAGGGUGACUGUGCGCUAUGGCAGCAGUGAGCGCCAUCUCCAUGGAACCAUGUAUCACUACACUUCCAACCCCAACAUCACACGUGCCCUCCCCUCCAAGAGCUUCCUCAGUGGUGGCCGAGUGAUCUAUGUGAAUGGCCAUAACCUCGAUGUGGUCCAGGAGCCUCGUAUGAUGGUCACAGUGUACCCUGCAGAGUCCAGCCCGGACAGGAAGAGUAAGAGGAGGAGCAGGAAGAGUGGCCACUCCGCGGGCCUCCUCGGCCCGGUCCAGGAGGACAGCCUGCUGGGAAGGCACAGACGGAUUGUCCCAGAACCCGACUGCCCCAAAGGCGUGCUCUGCUCUGCGAAAAAGUACGUGGAGCGCUGCGAACCGAACACCACGUCGCUGCUCCUGUGCCGGACCCCGGCGGUGGACAUUUACGCCCUUGACGGACAGGUGCAGGUGGAGUUCCUGCUGGACAACCUGCGCUUCGACUUCCAGGCCGUGAUGCUGACGCCCUUUGUGUACGAGCUCAACGCCACCCUGCGGCACCUUAACCAGCACGACCCCAGCAAGCCCUUCCGCUACAAGCCCGGCAGUGUCAUCUCCGUAGAGGGGGAGAAUUUGGACCUGGCCAUCUUUAAGGAAGAGGUGGUGGCGAUGAUAGGGGAGGGAGUGUGUGCGGUCAAGACCCUGACCCAGAACCACCUGUACUGUGAGCCGCCGCCCCAGCAGCCUUCUCCAGGGCCCGGCAGGAGGCGGGACGGCGCCGACGCCCUGCCAGAGUUCACAGUGCAAAUGGGCAACCUGAACUUUUCAUUGGGCCGAGUCCAGUACGACACACUCAGCCAGUCCACCUUCCCUCUGGAGGCCAAGAUCGGCGUGGGCGUGGGAGCCUCCAUUGUGGCCCUCAUAGUGUUCAUCAUCGUGCUCAUAUACAGGAGGAAGAGUAAACAGGCCCUGAGAGAUUAUAAGAAGGUUCAGAUCCAGCUGGAGAAUCUGGAGACCAGCGUGCGUGACCGCUGCAAGAAGGAGUUCACGGAUCUGAUGACUGAGAUGAUGGACAUGUCCAGUGAUCUAGUGGGAUCAGGAAUCCCGUUCCUGGACUACCGGAGGUACGCAGAGCGGAUCUUCUUCCCGGGCCACCGAGAGUCGCCCCUGCGCCGAGACCUGGACGUGCAGGAGUGUCGCCGGGCAACCGUGGAGCAGGGCCUGGUGCAGCUCUCCAACCUGCUCAACAGCAAACUCUUCCUCACCAAGUUCAUCCACACCCUGGAGAGCCAGCGGACAUUCUCGCCGCGAGACCGAGCGUACGUGGCCUCGCUGCUGACCGUGGCGCUGCACGGCAAGCUGGAGUACUUCACCGACAUCCUCAAAACACUCCUCAAUGACCUGGUGGAGCAGUACGUGGCCAAGAACCCCAAACUUAUGCUGAGGAGGACGGAGACAGUGGUGGAGAAACUGCUGACGAACUGGAUGUCCAUCUGCCUUUACGCGUUCCUCCGGGACUCGGCAGGGGAGUCUCUCUACAUGCUCUUCAGAGCCAUCAAGCACCAGGUGGACAAAGGGCCAGUGGACGCCGUGACGGGCAAAGCCAAAUACACCCUCAACGACAACCGGCUACUACGAGAGGACCUGGAGUACCGCACUCUGACAGUGAAUGUAUUAAUGCAGGGCACGGGAACAAAUGAGGCCCAGCCCGUCCCUGCCAAAGUCCUCGACUGUGACACCAUCACCCAGGUGAAAGAGAAGAUCCUGGACCAGGUCUACAAGAGCACAUCCUUCUCCCACCGGCCCCACUCCGACUCCCUGGACCUGGAAUGGCGGUCAGGUGUGGCUGGCCACCUGAUCCUCUCCGAUGAAGACCUGACGUCUGUGGUGCAGGGCAACUGGAAGCGUCUCAACACACUGCAACAUUACAAGGUUCCAGAUGGAGCCACCGUGGCCUUGGUCCCACGGCACAGUAAACACAUUCACCAUGACAACCACGACUACGUGGCAGGAGAGAAGACCCCGAUGCUGGAGGAUGCGGACGAGGGCGGUGUGAGGCUCUGGCACCUGGUCAAGGCCAGCGAGGAGCCCGAGCUUCCCAAACACCGGCGAGGCAGCCUGAGGGAGAGGGAGAGGGCCAAGGCCAUCCCUGAGAUCUACCUCACACGCCUGCUCUCCAUGAAGGGAACACUCCAGAAGUUUGUGGACGAUUUAUUCACAGUGAUUCUCAGCACUAGCCGGCCGGUGCCUCUGGCCGUCAAGUACUUCUUCGACCUUCUGGAUGACCAGGCGGCGCACCACGGGAUCGCCGACUCCGAGACCAUCCACAUCUGGAAAACCAACAGUCUGCCACUGCGGUUCUGGAUCAACAUUGUGAAGAACCCUCAGUUCAUCUUUGACGUCCAGGCGUCGGACCAUGUGGACGCCGUGCUGUCGGUCAUCUCCCAGACCUUCAUGGACUCCUGCACCAUCGCCGAGCACAAACUGGGCAGGGACUCGCCCAUCAACAAACUGCUGUAUGCCAGAGAUAUCCCGCGCUACAAGCAGAUGGUGGAGAGAUACUACGCUGAUAUCAGACAAACCAUCUCAGCGAGUGACCAGGAGAUGAACUCUGCCUUGGCUGAGCUUUCUAGGAAUUACUCGGGGGAGUUGAAUUACCUGGUGGCUCUCCAUGAGCUUUACAAGUAUAUCAACAAAUACUACGAUCAGAUCAUUGGAGCGUUGGAGGAGGACACCACUGCUCAGAAGAUGCAGCUUGGCUACAGGCUACAGCAGAUCGCCGCCGCCGUAGAAAACAAAGUGACCGACUUGUGACCGACCAGGAACAAGAGCGUGGGGAGCGUGGGAGAGAAAAGGGAGGGAGAGAGACAAAGCGUGGGGGGAAACAGACAAACAGGACACUAAAAAAAGACUCCCUGAAGAGAGGGUUUGGGGGAGGAGGGCCUUCACACUCACUCAUUUGAAAACAUUGAGGAGGCAAGUGGGGCGUUGUGUUGUGAAUAAGUCGUCUGAAAACACAAGCCAUGUGUGUGCCCUCGUUCUUUGGGAUGAAGGAGCAGAGGGACCGUUGGGCUUGCUUUACUGAAGUUAUCACAUUCCAUGUUGUUCAAGUGCAAAGUGGCUUGAACGGACAAAUAAAUACAAAUAAUACUCAUGAGGAGCGUUGUGGAAGCAAUAGACAGAGGUAGAAGCCUGUGGCCUCUUUGCCUGGUAAAGCUGAACACAAAGAUCCUUCUUUGGGGUGGAGCAGGAUCAUGAAGUAGAAUGGGCCAUGGGCUGUGGCUACUGCCGGCUAUGCACAGGAAAAGCACCGGUUCUGCGCUCACGCAUGCUGGCCACAGCACAGGACACUACGCCACAAGCACUCACACGGUUUUUCUUUGGUCUGUGUGUGUGUGUGCGUGUUACACAAGAGAGGUUAUGAUUAUAUCUUUAACCACUUCUUGGGAGGACAUGGACUUCCUGAUCCUCUUUGACUGACCUUUGUUCUCUUGGAGCAGCUUCAUUGGUAUGGACCAAGUGGUGUGGACCUGCAGACUUGUCCAGACGUGGAGGCUGUGGACCACAGUGCUGUUGAGAGUCUGGCCUCUUGUGGCUGGUGGAGAUGAUGAAAGUUGUAUAUUACAUCAUUUUGGUGUCAAGCAAGCAACAUGCUUUUCCCAUCUUUCUCUACCUCUCCCCUUUCUGCGUGUGUGUGUGUCUGUGUGUGUGUCUGUGUGUCUGUGUCUGUGUGUGCUUUUAGCUCCUGUCUCUCCCAGGAUGUUUAAUUCUGACAUGAGGAAGCUGCAUUUGGGCAUUAGUUGUGUAUACUUCCUAUUCCUUUUCUGAAUAUCACUGGCAAACAAAAGAAGCUACCAUAAAUUAUGAUCCCUUGAUGUUUUAAUUAUUUAUUUAUGUUUUAAUGAUAAGCCCUCUCCCUUCAUCACCCACGAUAUCUGUCAACCAGCACAUAUCCGUCCACAGUACAGCUGAGCAAAGAGGUUGUUCCGGAAUGUUCGUAUCAUAAUCAAGAGGAAGGGCCUGGUCAAAGCCAUAUGGCUCUGGGCCUGGUCACACGUUACAUGUUUUGUUUUGUUUUGUUUCCAUGUGGUACCAUCAGAAUUGAAAGCAUUUCAUGAACACUUCAGAGCUACUCCAUAAGCCCUUGAUGCCACUAUGUGCAACACCAGAGAAGGGUCUGUGAAACAAACUGCUUUUAAACCUGUCAGUGUUUAAAAAAAAAAAAAACAAUGGUGCAUUUGAAAGAUGGUUUGAUAGUUCAAUGUGGAGUGUUUCAUUUCUGUUUUUUUUUUCCCAUGUAUUUUCUUCUUUAGCUUUGCUGAUAUUGUUGUUAAGAGUCACUGUAAGGAUGGUUACUAUGAAAGAUGAACUUAUCAGACCGAUAAACUGUCUGAAAUCAUUGUCAUAUGGUGUGGUUAUGAAAUCUGUAUUUUUAACAUUCCUCAAUGUGGUUCCAGAAUAAGACCAAUCAAGUGAUCAUGUGUGACCUUUUUUUUAAUUUUUUUUUUUUUUUUUUUAAGUCAUUUGUGUUGUAUGGUACUUACCUAUGAAGUCAUACUGCCUUGUAAUUAUGGACGCGAAUGUUGGGGGAGGGGGGGGGAUGUGGAUACAUGAUUUUGUGUUAAUAAUGUAGUUCUCUUUUUGAACACACGAGGACAGCAAAGACAGCAGAAUCCAUGACUGUCAGUGGAGGUCGAACACUACUGUCUACUUACGCACCUGUAGUUACAUCAUGUUAAAAUUGAACAAACAAAAAAACAGUUUUCCCAUAGUCCACACAGUCUGAUGCAUUUACGUAUCCACGUAGAUUGUUGAUAUAUAUAU